UUAGUUUUGACUAGAGAGAAACGUCAAGUAGUUUUAUUCGUCUAGCCACGUCGGCCGUUGACGAUAGCCGAUAGGGUUCAACGACGAUUGCCUCUGAUAAUUUCGAACUUUUGUAGAGCUUUAGUGAAGAUACAAAAAUGGCGGUGACGAUUUCGACGAAUGCUUUCGUAAAUGCAUCGUUUUUAGAUGAAAGUCGGAAUUUUUUCUGGAAACCAUUGUUCCCUCAGCCGUACUAUAAUUGCCGACGAGUCGUUCGUCUGAAUCCGAGGAAAUCGAAGACAAAGGUAAUGUUCUGCUUGAAUUUGAACACGAAGGAGGUUGGGAUGCAAACGUCGGGUGAUAAAGGUUUUGAAUUCAAACCCAGUUUUGAUCAAUACUUGCAAAUCAUGGAAUCGGUUAAAACAGCGAGGAAGAAGAAGAAAUUCGACAGAUUGAAAGUUGAUGAAGAUGAUGGUGGAGAUGGAAAUAGUGAUAGUGUUGAUUCGGAAGUGAAAGAUGGUGUUUCCUCGAGGCAAUUAGAAUUGGAUAGAGAUGGAAUAAAAGAUGUGAAGAGUAAGAGUGGUGAAGCAAAAAAUGAAAGUUUCAGGAGGAGAUACUCAAGGCAGGAGAUUGUAAGUGAUAAACGUAACGAGAGAGUUUUCAAGAGGAAUGGAGAAAGUGGAAUUCAGAGAAUAAACAAUGAUGUGAAAUGGAGUAAGAGUGGUGUGUCUUCAGUGACUGUGCAAGAAGAUGAGAGCUUUAGGAGAAGGUACUCGAAGCAGGAGCAUCACCGUUCCUCUGAAACAUCGAGAGGUAUUGAGAGAGGUUCCAAAGUUGGUGAAUUGGAUCUUGUUGUUGAAGAAAGGAGAUUUCCGAGAAUAGACAAAGAUGUAAGAUGGAGUAAGAGUGGUGAAUCUUUAGUGCAUGCGUCAGAAGAUGAGAGCUUUAGGAGAAGGUACUCAAAGCAGGAGUAUCACAGUUCCUCUGGUACAUCGAGAGGUUACAAAGGAGAUGAAUUGGAGCUUGUUGUUGAAGAAAGGAGAUUUCCGAGAAUAGCCAAAGAUGCAAGAUGGAGUAAGAGUGGUGAAUCUUUAGUGACUGUGUCAGAAGAUGAGAGUUUCAGGAGACGGAAUCCGAAGCAGGAGAUGCUGAAGUAUCAGCGUGUCUCUGAUACACCGAGAGGGAUUGAGAGAGGUUUCAAAGGAGAUGGAUUGGAUCUCCUUGCUGAAGAAAGGCGAAUUGAGAGAUUAGCCAACGAGAGGCAUGAGAUAAGGAGUAGCAAAUUGAGUGGAACCAGGAGAAUUGGUGCUAAGAGAAAUGAUGAUGAUGAUGAUAGCUUGUUUGCCAUGGAAACUCCUGCCUUUAGGUUUUCUGAUGAGUCCAGUGACAUAGUGGACAAGCCAGCUACUUCACGAGUCGAAAUGGAAGAUAGAAUCGAGAAGUUAGCAAAAGUGUUGAAUGGUGCAGACAUCAAUAUGCCUGAGUGGCAGUUUUCCAAGGCGAUCCGGAGUGCAAAAAUCAAAUACACGGAUUACACUGUAAUGAGACUGAUCCACUUUCUAGGGAAACUAGGAAACUGGAGACGAGUUCUUCAAGUCAUCGAGUGGCUUCAAAGGCAAGACCGUUACAAAUCGAACAAGCUAAGAAUCAUCUAUACAACUGCACUAAACGUUCUUGGUAAAUCAAGGAGGCCUGUGGAAGCUCUCAAUGUAUUCCACGCUAUGCUGUUACAAAUUUCAUCAUAUCCGGACAUGGUAGCCUACCGCUCAAUUGCAGUCACACUUGGACAAGCAGGGCAUAUCAAGGAACUCUUCCAUGUGAUUGAUACAAUGCGAUCUCCGCCUAAAAAGAAGUUCAAGCCAACAACACUUGAAAAAUGGGAUCCCCGACUUGAACCAGAUGUUGUUGUUUAUAAUGCGGUGCUCAACGCAUGUGUUCAACGAAAGCAAUGGGAAGGAGCAUUCUGGGUAUUGCAACAGUUGAAGCAACGUGGGCAAAAACCUUCUCCUGUAACCUAUGGUCUUGUCAUGGAGGUGAUGUUAGCAUGUGAGAAGUACAAUUUAGUUCAUGAAUUCUUCAGGAAGAUGCAGAAAUCUUCUAUCCCUAAUGCUCUAGCAUAUAGAGUUCUUGUUAAUACUCUAUGGAAAGAAGGUAAAAGUGAUGAGGCCAUACAUACGGUUGAGGAUAUGGAAAGCCGUGGUAUUGUUGGAUCAGCUGCUCUUUACUACGACCUUGCUCGCUGUCUUUGUAGCGCAGGAAGGUGUAAUGAAGGUCUCAAUAUGCUUAAUAAGAUAUGUAGAGUUGCAAAUAAACCUCUCGUGGUGACUUACACUGGCCUGAUCCAAGCAUGCCUCGACUCGGGAAACAUCAAGAAUGCAGCUUACAUCUUCGAUCACAUGAAGAAGGUCUGCAGUCCGAACUUGGUCACUUGCAACAUAAUGAUAAAAGCUUAUCUACAAGGUGGGUUCUUUGAAGAAGCAAGGGAACUUUUCCAGAAGAUGUCCGAAGACGGAAAUCAUAUAAAAAUCAGCUCGGAUUUCGAAUCAAGAGUAUUGCCAGACACGUACACGUUUAACACGAUGCUAGACGUGUGUGCUGAACAAAAAAAGUGGGAUGAUUUUGGUUAUGCGUAUCGGGAGAUGUUGCGUCAUGGAUACCAUUUCAAUGCGAAACGGCAUCUCCGAAUGGUACUUGAAGCUAGCAGAGCAGGAAAGGAGGAAGUGAUGGAAGCGACAUGGGAACACAUGAGACGAAGUAAUAGAAUUCCGCCAUCGCCUCUAAUCAAAGAAAGAUUCUUCAGGAAACUCGAGAAAGGCGAUCAUAUUUCGGCUAUCUCGUCUCUUGCUGAUCUUGAUGGAAAAAUUGAGGAGACCGAGUUACGAGCAUUUUCGACUUCCUCAUGGUCCAGGGUCUUGUCCCGAUUCGAGCAAGAUUCAGUUUUGAGGUUAAUGGACGAUGUGAACAGACGCGUGGGUUCAAGAAAUGAGUCUUCGGAUUCGGUUUUGGGGAAUCUUUUGAGUUCUUGUAAAGAGUUUCUGAAGAACAGAACACAAGGCGUUGUAAGUUAAUUAUUAAGUUAAAAAGCAAAGGCUGUGAUGUUCUGAUUCCUUCUAAAUAGAAAAUAAUUAGGAGAAGGGUAAUAUAAUGUGAUUACAUAU